ACAGUCAAUUUACUGAAGCGAAAUGAAUUCGCGAUUGUCUGACUCAAAUUCCUGCGAAAGGACUUUUUGUUUCUCAGAAUCAAGAAGCGAUUGACAACGAACGUGAGUUUCUGAUGUCGAUGAGAUUCCGGGCAUUUCUCCCAACCCGUAAUAAUGGAUUCCCAGACUGGAAUGUCUCGCCAUACCGGGCCAGGGCUGUACGAAUUCCUAAUGGAAGCUGAGCUGCAACAGUAUUAUCCAGGAAUCAGAGGAGAUUUAAAAGUUCAGACAACUGCCCAGCUCAAGUAUGUGACCGAAGAAGACUUGAAUGCAAUCGGAAUGAGUAAGCCAGAGAUGCGUCGACUUAAAAAGUAUUUUCAGAAGCAUUUUCCACAAAAUUAUUUAUCCAAAUUUAAGAAAAUGCUACUGCCCAAACGUGAGGAACAGACAUCCAGUACUUUGGGUGUGCUGCCUGAAGAGAGACAAGACCGACCUCCGAUUCGUGUUCCAAACAAGCACAUGAUACCUGCGGAUGCAAUAAUUGUAAACAAGGAACUGGGAACCGGAGAAUUUGGUGUAGUUCAACAAGGAGUGUGGACAAAUGACGGAGAAAGGAUCCAAGUGGCAAUAAAAUGCCUUUCCAGAGAAAGAAUGCAGAACAAUCCGAUUGAGUUUCUGAAAGAAGCAGCCAUCAUGCAUGCCAUAGAUCAUGAGCACAUUGUCCGACUGUACGGAGUAGUUUUGGACACGAAUUCUCUGAUGCUUGUUACUGAGCUGGCGCCACUUCGUUCCCUACUAGAAUGUCUAAAGGAACCGAGCCUCAGAGCAAGUUUCCCAGUUCUAUCGUUGUGCGACUUUGCAGUUCAGAUAUCAGAUGGCAUGCAGUAUCUGGAAGCCAAGCGGCUUAUACACAGAGACUUGGCAGCUAGGAAUAUCCUUGUUUUUUCUAAAAAUAAAGUGAAAAUAUCGGACUUUGGUCUCUCCAGGGCACUGGGUGUUGGCAAGGACUAUUACCAAACUAACUUCAACGUUAACUUGAAGCUUCCAAUUGCGUGGUGUGCUCCUGAGUGUAUUUCAUACUUGAAAUUCACCUCAGCCAGUGAUGUGUGGGCCUAUGGUGUAACCCUCUGGGAGAUGUUCAGCUAUGGUUUUCAGCCAUGGGCUGCUCUAACUGGCCAACAGAUUCUCGAAGCAAUUGACGAGCCAAAUUUCCAAAGACUAGAACAGCCCGAGUGCUGCCCAAAAGACUAUUUCUCAUUGAUGGAGCAGUGUUGGCAGCAUGAACCUGCAAAGCGACCAAAAUUUUCCGAACUCACACAUUUACUGCCCGACCUCAAGCCUGAACAAGUCCAAGCAGUUCAGGACAGUACUGAAGAAAGCCAGCUGGUUUAUCGUCAAGGAGACGUGCUUACAGUUCUGGACAAAGGGACAUUGUCGGGCAACGCCAAUUGGAAAGGAGUCCUAGCUAAUGGAAAGACGGGCUUCUUUAAUCCGGCACACACCAUAGCUUAUCUGGGAUCAAACUUGCCAAGUAAUAAAAUGGGGGAGUUCACACGGGGUGAUGGCAAGAAUGCGUUUUCCUCCCAGCGCAAGAAGAUACGGCCAGACAUGAUAUCCUCGCCACAAGGCGAUCUCAAGCACACUGGACAUGUCGGUUUGGAUGGAGCUUAUUUUGGGGAUGUUAGCUUCCUUGGGGGAAAAUAUCCUCAUCUUCCUAGACAAGUUGUCAAUCCUUACAAACCCCAUGAAGAUGUUACGGAUAGCUAUGGCCAAAUCACUGAAGAAGGAAGUGGGUCUGAAUCGGCGAGGGACUCUGCGAGGGACAGCAGGGAUAUUCAACAUUUCCAUGCAGAUAUGAUUCAUAUCUUGAUAUUUCCAGAUAAUCCGUGGUCAGAUACUGCUUCCGAUAUUACUCACCUUGGGACCCCAGUAGUGGGUACAGGCAAGGCGCCAUCUGUGACUAGUGGGACGACUGAUGUGCUGAGCAUAGCUGGACUGGACCAUGAAUACCACGAGAUUAGCGAUGAGGAAAGCCACGACAGUCCUCUAAGAUUCGACAAGCCACUCAAUUUCGAUUUUGGACCAAGUUUGUUGGAUGAAAUGGACCAGAUGUUCCGAUCCUUGGGCUCUUCUCCACCACCACCACCACCUCCAGCUCAUCCAUUGCCAAGUGAACACGAUUCAAGUAACGUAAGAAACGAACUUCGAGAAAUUCAGUCAAGGCAAAGUGGCAAAAAAAAACAGGCCACCGUGAGUCCUAUAAAUGUGAAACCAAUAUCAGCAGCGGACCAAAGAACCCUAUACUCCGCAAUAGCAAUGGCGCAGGAAUUGACUGCUCGCUCAAUGACUGACCUUGAACAUCCCCCUGAAUCUCCAAGAACGCCGGUCAGCCCUUCAAGACGCAGAAAGUUUUCUUUCAAGUUACCACAUCAACAUAGCCCAAAGCCUGACCGGCGACACUUUGCAGAGGAGGCUGCCAGUAUUCCAGACAUACAGUGGUUAUGCUCGAGUCUCCAGUCUCUUUCGUCAACUGUUUCAAGCAUAGAAUCAUUAGGGGCUCCAUCAACGCUAAAACUCCCAUUAUGGGAUAAGGCUUCGGCAGAGUUUUGCUUUGCCAAGUCACGAGAACUGUUAACCAAACCAAGUGUCUGGACUUCGUACAUGGAAAUGGACUUUGAAACGCGGGCUUUGGAUGAUAACUCAUCUGCCAAAUCAACUCUUGUCAGAUCAAAUGAGUAUUCUGAAAAUGAAAACGGUAAUGGGAACGUUAACGGUGGAUGUACCCUCACUAAAGGCCCUGCUGAGCCAGACACCAAACUUAAUAUAACGCAAAAUGGCCAGACUGCUGUUUAUAACAUGGAAAAUGCGAAUUUUCAUUUUGCAAGGCAGCCGAAAAGAGUGUCAGCAAGCUAUGUAGAUCGUUACUUUGAACUACCUAAAUACUUUGAUGAUGGCGGAUCUGGUUCCGGAUCGUUUGAUCACGGGUACGACAAGAAGCUCUGCUACCAAGAGGAUACAGCAAAGAAUUACGAUAAGGUGCUAAGCCUUGAGGAGAAGGGGUGCAACAAGUUCUAUGACAAUUUUAAAAAUAACUUUACCGCUAAUGACAAAUUUGGCCUUGUACCACGGGAAAAAAUAACCAACCGAGACCCUAUGUACAGGGAAAUGAUAAAUUCUGAAACACGACCUGACGAACUAAAGAACCUUGAUGUUCCGAUAGAAAAGGUUGGAAGGUUUGAAACAUCACUGGAAAAAUUGAACAACUUUGAGCAACUCGGUACAAGACCCAAGAUUUCAACUGUAUGUGCAGUGGAACGUAACAAAAAGUUUGAUCCCCAGAAGCAAUUGAAGUCCGGGGUCGUUGGUCUGGCUUCUAAAAACUCAACUGUAGGAACCAAAGCGAUUUACAGCUCUGAUGACAGCAUCGGAAACAAUCUCAAUUUACUUCUAGACAAUCCAAGAGUUUCUGAUGCGGGAGAUGCAAUUGAACGGAAUUUGAAUGGUCGUGAGAGUCAGUUACCAUUUGUCAUUUCGAGUAAUCCUGUUUUCAUAGCAGAUCCUGAAAAAAAGGACUCUCCAUUAUAUGACAGCUCUGAGAGCUUGAGAGUAAAUUUUCAGCGUUUCAGACGAAAAUCGGACGCAGAAGCGAACAAUCAGACCGAAUUGAGCAGUCGGCUUUUUGCUGCUAAGUAUCAGCGAGAGGUUUCGGGUCUUGAAAGUGUGAAGAAUUAUCUUGAUUCGAGGAAGGGUCAGGGCUUUAAUUUGGGCCUUGGAAAAUUAACGCAGAACAUGAUUCAGCUUGGUAAAAAUAUUGCACACAAUACGCGUCAUUUUGAUAAUUCUGUACGAAAGAGACCUGAGGAUUUUGAUAAAAAAAAUGGACGUGACUUUGAACCACCCAGCCUUAAUAUUCCGCUCGAUCGUUCCAAUAUGGACCUCAAUAUUCCCGUUCAAGGCCUCAACCCACGGACAGUCACAAAGCCAGGUGUACGGAGCAACGUGAAAAAGCUGCAGCAAUCAAGUGAUCCUAACAACUUUCAACAACAUAUAUUAGAACCUCCAAAAUUAUAUCAAAACGAUGAAUCUUCACACUUUUAUCGUCACAGAACCUCUUCUCUAUCUGAUAACCGGAAAGCUACAGUCGGAAGAAACCAACGGAGAUCGUUUCAUCCCAAGAAUGAGUCUAGCGAAGAUUCUGAUUCGGUUUCGCGAUCAGAGACAGAUAUAAGAAGUCGUUUCCGUUACAGACGUCGGCAUAAAAAAAUGUCGGUAACCAAGGGUGCAGGUGCAGGUCCGCCGCAUAACUUGCGGCUGAAUUUCAAUGCUGGAAAAAAGGGAAAUCAAUUUUUACACCCUGACUCUGCAAGAGGCUUUUCUUCCACCGAUCAAUGUGGCAAAUCACCGCCACCAUCAACGAGCUUCCUAAAUUCACUUUCACCUCCAUUUUCUUCUAGAAACAACCUUUUGUCUUGGCCAGAAAGCGCACCAAGCUCCAGUCUCACUUUUACCAGCAAUUCUGACGUAGAAUCAGACACUAGCUCAGAGUAUCCAGAGUUUACAAAUGACCUUCCUAAUUUUCCUCCGUCGCCUGCUCCCUGAGAGUUAAUUGCCCUUAGCGCUAGAAGUGGUCAUGGAAUGACGCCAAUGGGAACUGCAAACACGUCGCUAUGAUCGCGGGCAAAUGUUUCACUUACAUUUUCAUACGUGCCUGUUUGGAAAACCGCUAUUGCGGAAAGAGGAGGAUUUAUUUCUGUUGCACAAUCUGCUGAAUAUUUUAUAUAUAAAAAAAUAGAAAUAAAGAAAAUAAAAUUGAAUAUUGUACAAGGUGCACAUCACGUAAUGACAAAUUUUGAAUUCUCCGAACUAUGGGAUUUGGUAGAUGUUGGAAAAAACUCA